GGUUCUGGUCGCUCCAGGAGGAGAAGUCGUGUCACCAUGUCCUGGUUGCUUCGGGACAGACUGUGUCCGGCGGUGGCCUGGCUGUGGCGCCGGACCCUGUUCAUCCGCAGGCUAUUCGCUCCUCUGACCAGGUACCUGCGGUCACUGACAGGCUGGACGGGGGAGCGCAGCGGCGGAGACGGGCCGCAGCUGCCCGACCAACAGGCCGACCUGUUGGAGGCAGGUCGGAAAGGGAGGCCCGAGGAGUGUGAGGGCUCAGGGGGUCAACGUAUGGCCAAGCCGAGGGUCCCUGCAGAAGACCCGGAACAGGAGGAGGAGGAGGAGCAGGAAGAUGAAGAGUGUGACAGUGAGCAGUACAGAGUUGACAACACGGAUGAGUUGUACUGUGGUUAUGAUUCCACCUGGGAAACAGAGCAGACUGAGGAGAGUCCAGCAGCCUCUUCUCAGAUCAGGCCACAACAUUGGAACCAGGACAUGUCCUCAUACAAAUUUAACAGAUUUGAAAAUGCUGCGAGAGACAUGCACAACUACAGGCACGACUACCCUUCUCAGAUCAGGCAACGUUGGAACCAGAACAUUGCCUCUGAUUACAAUCCUAAUUUGGAGUUCUACCUUGGAAACAAACCCUCUGUACCUGAUGGUAUCUACAUACACGAUUUCCAUAGUGAAUGGUUUGGAAACUACAAAAAUCUGGAGUAUGUACACACAUUCAUUCAAUGGUUGUUCCCACUGAGGGAACCAGGCAUGAACCAUGAUGCCAGUAUACUGACAAGAGAAGAAAUUGAGGCUUUUCUCAGAAAUGACACUGCGAAGGCAAAUCUGCUGAGGUCAUAUGAGCUCAUGUUGGACUUCUAUGGCAUCGAGUUGUGUGACAAGAACACAGGCAAAGUCAGAAGAGCCUCAAACUGGAAAGACCGAUUCUGCAACCUGAACAAUCGCACUCACAACAACCUGCGCAUCACCCGCAUCCUGAAGUGCCUGGGAACCCUGGGGUUCCCCCAUUACCAAGCCCCCCUGGUCCACUUCUUCCUGAAGGAGACACUCGUCAACGGAGAACUUCCAGACGUCAAAGACAGUGUCCUCAACUACUUUGUGUUUGCCGUGCUCGACAAGAAGCAGCGCAGGAGGCUCAUCAAGUUCGCCUACUUGAAAUAUGACCGUAAAGAUGAGUUUGUGUGGUGCCCAAGGAAAAUCCAGAUGAUGUGGUCAGAGCGGUCAGCGUCCAAGUCACAGGAAGGAGUGGAAGGUGAAAAUGAUGUUAUAAUUUUAACAGCGUGAGUCUGAGAAUCCGAAUGAAGACAAUGUACAUUAAGCCCAAGACAAAGUAAAUUAAGUUCAGUACAUCUGAUAACAAUGUUGAAAACCUCUCACUGGAAAUGCUGAUGGGUUAUGACUGUUUCAAUAGAUUUACCUUCACAGCAACAGAUGUAUGUAAAUACAUUUGCAUAUAUAUUUUCUUAAUUUUUCAAUCUUCCUCUCUCAAUUUUACAAAAUAAUGUGUAUAGUUCUGAAGGGGAUGUAAGUUUUGCACAAAAAGUCUGCUAUGGUGUUUUCUGAUAAUAAAUACCUUAUAUCAGGGGUUUUCAACUGGUUUUGUCCCAGGGACCACCAUUCCGACUAGAAAGUAAUCCGCAGCCCACUGAUGUGCCUAUGCGCGUGCGUGCCUACGUGUGUGUGUGUGUGUGUGUGUGUGUGUGUGUGUGUGUGUGUGUGUGUGUGGUUGUGUGUGUGUGUGCGUGUGUGCAAGUGGAUAGAAGGAAGUUUUAAACUUUGGUUUUCCAUGUUGGUUUUAUUUAAAAACCUCAAACAAAUCUACAAAAAUGUGUAAAAUACAAAAAAACGGUUGAUUUUCAGUGAUUAAGAAUUGAAAACCAAAUUAAAAUGCAGUUUGUAGUUGUACUGCAUCUCAGAACCAUAUGUACGUCAAUAUAUAACGUUCAUGACUUAAAUGUACAGACAUGUAGUUGACUGGUUGAGAGAAUGUUAAAGUAACGGUGAUCAAUAACAAUCAACAUAAACUGGGGCUACAACUGAAUAGGGAAGAUGACAAAGUAAUGCAGAAUAUGUCACAAAUGAUAAUCAUACAAUACCACACAAACAAUUGAGGCCUACUUAAAUUUAACCUCAUGAUCACCAGCAGCAAAUCCCACCUACUGCGUGAGUAGUACUUCUGUAUGUGUGUGAGUCUCAGAGCUCUCCUAAGAAAUUGUUUCUCAACCAGCGAACGUGGUAAAGUUGACUGUUAUUGCAAUUAAUUGUUUUGGCUAUUAUGCCAAUUUAUUCUUCUUAUUACAAAGUAUUUGUUUUUCACUCUUUUGUUUAUUUAAUAUUUUCAUUAUUAAUUCUGCCCUUUUGGGCCUUCUUUUUGGGAAAAUAAAAAUGUUCCAUCAUACAAACUA